GUUUAUCUUGUGUUGAAAGCGAGCGGAGCGGCGAGCGACACCGCUUCGCAACACCCACACAGGACCGCUUCGGACCUUUAUCUGGACCUGCUCGUUUGUAGCUAGCAGUUGCUAGCUAAAAAAGGCUCAAUAAAAUGGUCCAGAUGAAUCAACUCUCCCUUGUCAUAACCGCACAGGUCAUAUUUUCAACUCUGAUUCCUGCGACAGGCGAGGAGGAGAGCAGGGAAUGCAGGGAACAGGAGUACAAGGACCAGUUUGGGAAUUGUAAAGCCUGCAAGCAAUGCAAUGCAGGACAGGAGCUAUCAAAGGAAUGUGGCUUUGGUUACGGAGAGGAUGCACGGUGUGUGCCGUGUCGGACCAGUCGCUUCAAGGAAGACCACAGCCUCCAGAAGUGUAAACCCUGUCUGGACUGCGGAGUCAUCAACCGCUUCCAGAAGAGCAACUGUUCCACUACCAGCAAUGCUGUGUGUGGCGAGUGCCUUCCAGGAUUCUACAGGAAGACAAAACUAAGUGGCUUCAAAGACAUGGAGUGUAUACCUUGUGGAGACUCGCCGCCUCUGUAUGAGCCUCACUGCAGCGGGCGAGUGAACCUGGUGCCGCUGCCUUCGGUAGUGACCAGUCCUCGCGACAUAGCGUUGGCAGCGGUCAUCUGCAGCGCCCUGGCUACGGUGCUGCUGGCCCUGCUGGUGCUGUGCGUCAUCUACUGCAAGAGGCAGCUGCUGGAGAAGAAGCACAGCGCGGCAUCUCUGAGGACCCAGGACUGUCCGAGCGGUGGCGCCGAGCUGUCAUACCUGGACCCACGUUGGCUCCAUGACAUCCCUCAGAGACCCUGCUGCCAGUGUCAUUUAGGCCAAGGACACACCUGUGGCUCAGUCCACCUGAUCCCAUCGUUGUGCAGUAAGGACAGUCUGGACCAAGCACCAUUUGAGUCUGACACCGGUCUCAGCGACAGAAAUUUGGAGCAGGAAGACGAGCUGGCACCAUUGCAGCCAGGAGAACAUUCAACAUACGCGGAAGCCGUCUCGGAGACUUUCAGGUUGGAACCAGAACAUGCUGGAGGAGCAGCGGUCGAAUGCGGAGAAAGUGACGAAACAGAGGCAAGAGAGAAGCAGCCGUCGUCCCCUUAAAGGGACAACACACAUUUCUCUGGCUCGUUUACCAGCCUGGACUCUACAGCAGCAGCGGCCAGAUCCCCUUUCACACACCCUCCUUUGCUGUAACCCUCCCUCCCGUGUGGUCCCUUUGAAAUCCCCGCAGCUGACCCCCAGACCUUCUCUGGUCAAAAAGGGUCCAAACAAAGUACACACGCAAACAAGAAACACGGCCGCGAUAGAGGGGACACAACACACAGACUACACGCACGAUGUGAACUCUCUGGCCCAGCAAGGUGAAAGUGAAUGAAGUUCAAACAUGGAGGUCUGUAUUGACUCGACCAUCCCUGCUCUGCUCUGUCCUGCAUGGUGACGCAAAGACGAAACAACAGCGUGCCUUGUGACCUUGCUGUGUGUGUGUCAAGGAUGCACACUGAAGACAAUCUGAAAAUGGCGUAUAAAGACAACGAGGAAUGUUCAAGUGGCUUGUAGAUAAUGUAAAAUAGUAAAGUAACUGCAUAUUUUUGUAACAUAAACAUGACUGAUAAUGUGUUGCGCUUUUCUGCCACUUGUAGCGUUGAUGGUCACGUCAAUGCAAACGCACCUGAUUUACACUUUUGUUAAUAAACCACUUGAACAAGUGAAAAUACUCUCCAGUGU